AUGGUAGCUGAAGAACAUGUAGCUCCAGCAAGACCAAAUCUCAUUUCUUCGUUUGAGGUUGUUGAUGAUUCUGAUGAUGAUGAUGCUAAUGAUGAUGAUGAUAUUUCUGAUGAUGAUAAUAAUGAUAGUGAUGAUGAAGGAAUGGAUUUUCGUAUGUAUGUACCACCGAAGGAGCCGAUCAGUAAGGAUGUGGAUACUCCAGCUAAGACGGCAGAGGAUGUUAAUAUUUUCAAGCAGUCAAACGAUCCCACACCCGAACAGAUGGAUUCUCUUAUUGCUCAACUACAGUCAACUGCAAGGAAGCCUUCCCAAACAGUUCCUUUUAUUUCUGAUUCUCCAUCUGAGAGUGAUAAAAUGGAUUCAAACGCCUCCUUAGCGCCAAGAAAGCAAAAACGUAAAGAUCCAAGGCCGGGAGUGCUUUAUGAUGAGCCAGUACAACAGCCCUCUCCAAUUACUGAGCCUACUCAAGUUGCUCAUGAUGCUCAAAGUCAAAUUGUUGAGCCCGUUCAAGUUAUUCAAUAUGUUCAAAGCCCAAUCAUUGAAACGGCCCCUGUCCAAGAAAAUGUUCAGAGUCAAAUGAUUAAUGAAGAAACAUUUCCUUCGGUAAGUUCUUCUGCUCCACCUCCUCCAGAGCACGAUGCUGCAUCUGUGAAGUUAUCCAAGUUACUUGCUUUUCAAUAUUCCUUCUCUCAGUCCAAAGGCAAAGGAAUUUCUAUUGGCUCCAAGCAAGGAGGUGAUGAAGACUCCCAUCCAACCGUCUCUGAGCUUAACCAAGAGAUUAUGCUUUUGAAGCAGGAGUCAAUUGAGAAGGAUCUUUUGAUUGGUAGUCUGGAUGUGAGAGUUUCUAGCCUUAAACAGGAGAACUCUGUCAAAGAUGCAAAGAUUUCUGAACUUCAAGCAAAUCUUUGGUGGUAUAACUGA